CAAAACGCUAGUCACUAGGUAUUUGCUUGGAGCACUCGAAGAAAACAAAGCAUAGAAUUUCCUCUCGACGAUGUUACGUUACGCUCACCGUCCUAAAAUAACAACCGCCUCACUCCAUUCAAUCGCCUGCAUACGCUCGCUUUCCGCCGCCAAUCUCAACACCCCUCUUCCCGAAUCCUACACAGUCACUCCUCCAAUCAAGCCCUGGCCCCAACGCCUCUACCCCAAACGCCUCGUCUCCAUGAUCAUUCGCCAGCAAAAUUUAGACCUUGCACUCCAAAUCUUCGAUUACGCCGGUAAAUAUCACCCUGGUUUCUCCCACAAUUACGACACCUACGAUUCUAUUAUCUACAAACUCUCUCGAGCUCGCGCCUUUGGCCCUGUCGAAGUCUUGCUAUCUGACUUACACAAAGCCCAAAUCAAAUGCGGCGAACAUCUGUUCAUCACUGUUAUUCGCAACUACGGCCUCGCAGGUAAACCCGAAUUGGCUCUCAAAAUGUUUAUCCGCAUCCAGGAAUUUAACACACAGCGUUCUGUUAGAUCACUAAACACACUAUUGAAUGCUUUUGUUCAAAACAAAAGGUAUGAUUUAGUGCACGGUGUGUUCCAGAAUUGCAAGAGCAAGUUCGGAGUUGUGCCUAAUGUUUUCACUUAUAAUAUUUUGAUUAAGGGGCUCUGUAAGAAGAAUGACGUUGAAGGUGCAAUCAGGGUUUUAGACGAAAUGCCCACCAUGGGUAUAAUCCCAAAUGUGGUAACUUAUACAACGAUUUUAGGCGGGUACGUCUCGCGUGGUGAUAUGGUUAAUGCUAAAAAGGUUUUUGGUGACCUUUUUGAUAGAGGAUGGUUGCCAGAUGCGACAACAUAUACUAUUCUGAUGGACGGUUAUUGCCAGCAAGGAAGAUUAGUUGAUGCAAUUAAACUUAUGGAUGAUAUGGAGGAGAACGGAGUUGAGCCAAAUGAUAUUACUUAUGGGGUUAUGAUUCAGGCUUUUUGCAAAGAAAAGAAAGCUGGUGAAGCACGUAACCUGCUCGAUGAUAUGCUUAACAGAAAGUAUGUACCCAGUUCCUCCCUUUGUUGCAAAGUUAUUGAUGUGUUAUGUGAAGAAAGGAAGGUAGAAGAAGCUUGUGACUUGUGGAAGAGGAUGUUAAAGAAGAAUUGCACGCCGGAUAAUGCAAUAACAAGCACACUCAUAUAUUGGCUUUGUAAAGAAGGGAAGAUAUGGGAAGCGAGGAAGCUGUUUGGUGAGUUCGAGCGGGGUUCAAUCCCGAGUCUUUUGACAUAUAAUACACUCAUCGCUGGGAUGUGUGAGAGAGGAGAGUUAAACGAGGCAGGAAAGUUGUGGGAUGAUAUGAUGGAGAAAGGCUGCGAGCCUAAUGCUUUUACAUACAAUAUGCUGAUUAAGGGGUUUUGUAAGAUUGGAAGUGCCAAGGAGGGUAUUAGGAUUGUGCAAGAGAUGUUGGAUAAACGAUGCAUGCCUGAUAAGUCGACUUACGCUAUAUUGAUCGAGGAGUUGCGAGAAACGUCAAUGGAAGCUGAGGUAGAUAAGGUUGUUUCAAUGGCCAUGGCAAGUGGAGGAAUUGAUAGUGAUUCAUGGGACUACUUCUUAAACAAGCUUGUUGGCAAUCUGGGUAGAGGGACGGAUGCUCUUGAUAGGUUGUUAGUAGAGAAGGCCGAGCAGAGACCUGCCUUGUGAACUUCAGAUAUGCGAAGGUAUCUCUGUUUCCUGCAUUGCGUUUUGACAUCUCCGUGUAAAAGAAUUAGCAGCAUCAAGACAUACGAGUUUCCCUCUAGAUGGAUGACUGGGCAACGACACAACAAAAUCUACCCUAUUCGAUAGUCAGUACGAAAGCAGCCAUUAAUGGAAAAAAGAGAAGAAAUAUACAGUUGAUGAGAUGCCACAAGAAUCAAGAGGAUCCAAUUGUUAUUCACAUAAGAAAACAAUCACAUGUUUCAUGCCAUGUGAUUUGAUUAUGUCCCUUUUAAGUGUGGAAAUAUUACAGGUUUGAUUAGCCCACAGUUCAAUUUGAAUGUUCCAAGUUCAAGUAUGAAAACACCAAGCAUGCUUUGACUGCCAAUAAGGCGAUAACCAAAAACAUUGAUUGUAGCCAGGGCCAGCAGAAUCCGAACGAAUCUGAAAAUUUGAAAAAUUGAUCUUUUUUGGUCUCUGCAGGAUUUUUGUU